GAAUUUCCGAACCCACCCGCAGAAGACAAACCUCAGUUAUUUCCUUUUGGUCCGGACUGAUCGGUAUACGACUACAAUGUUACUUUCAUAAAGACUCAUUUUCUCAGGAAUUUUGGGGCUUACUGUCCUAUUUGAGAUUCAUCCUGUCUAAUUAACUUUAGUUUUCCUCAAAUUUUAUGGCAUCCCCAGAUUAUCCACCUGGCUUCGGGGAUGGAGGAGUGCAAGGAGAUAGUGGUGCAGAUUGGUGGGAGGGAAAUGCACUAGAUAGUGGAACUGCAGGAACAGGAUUAGGAGAUAUGAAUGCUGGUCCUGAUAUGGGAAACGGGAAUAAUAAGGGAGGGAACAAUAAUGGCAACAACGGCAAUGGACCACCUCCCCGCCCUCAAAAUGCAAGCAGCCCUCCCUCGACCACCAAUCCUCAAGCCAAUACUUGUAGCUAUGAAUCCGAGAUAUCUACAAAUACUAUUACCACUAGUAUCGCAGCUGCCUCAUCUACAUCAUCUACACCACCUGUACCAUCUACAUCAUCUCAACCAUCUCAACCAUCUAUAUCAUCUGUACCACCAUCUGUACCAUCUACACCAUCUGCGUCAUCUACAUCAUCUCAACCAUCUACCUCAUCUGUACCAUAUACAACACCUGCAUCAUCUACAUCGUCUCAACCAUCUACAUCAUAUGUAUCCUCUACGUCUAUAAAUACCAAUACCACUAGUACAAUCGAUACUUCCUCUUCAUCUCCAUCAUCUUUUUCUACAACUGCACCGACAAUCACAAUCACAACUACAAGCUCCAACUCCUCAGCACUGCUUGCACCAGCAACUUCAAUUCCAUCUACAUCCACCACCAUAUCCUCUUCUACGAUUGCCGCGACUCCUCUUUCCAACACUGGAGCCGGCACCCAACCCGUCGGCGUCACCUCCGUCCCCUUAGUAGCCUCAACUCAGCACGGCCUAAGCAAAGGCUCCAUCGCUGGUAUCACUAUCGGAUCUCUAGCCCUCUUAGCUCUCAUCCUAACAGCGAUAUGGUAUUUCCUCCGACGCAAGAAGAACAACAAACAGCACCGGAAAAGCAUUGGCGGUUUUGGUGUUGUCGAAUGGAACGGCGGUGGAAAUGGAGGCAAUAUGGCACAAAUCAACGAAUCACCGUCCUACAAUGGCAACCUUACUCCCGGAAUGAGAGUACAGAGAAUAUCAACAUGGAAUACCAUGCGCAGUCUUCCUGGUACCCAUACACGCGACAGUAGUUCCAUUUCACAAUUCCCUUCCGCACCCUCCUCAUUGUCUCCAUCCACAGUACAAAACCCCUUUUCAGACCAAACUCAUUUUUCUUCAUUUUCGUUUCCGUUUACCCAUUCACAACCGCCAGAAUCUCCGCAUCAGUCAAGCUCAAAUGCAACGACGAACGAAGAAGAACCCCAUGAAGAUAUAGUAGAUUUCGGAGACUCGAUAGAUUGGAUACGUAAGCGAGAUCGCAUGCGAGAUAGAGAAAGGAGCGGAUUGACAGGUUCAAAUCUGGGAAGUAGUAGGAUGGUAGAAGGAAAACCAGAUUGGAGAUAUUCGGUUAGAGUUAAUGGGGGUGGGAAUAAUCUUUAAUUUGAGGGAUUGGCUUAAAUGCAUGUAUGAUUUUGAAGGAUUGAUUUUGCUUGUAUAAAGUUUCGUUUAGGGGGUGAAAAUUGCGUCUCACUCGUGAGAUGUGAUGUAUUGUAUUAGAAAUAUAGGUAUGAAAAAAGGCGGGUAGAACGGAAAUAGAAGACUUGAAGAUGGAAAUGACAUCUAAAGAGCAAAUUUGCUGGUCAUGAUUACCCUCUAGUGCGGGCCAUACGUGGGAUUAGAAUAGAUGAGAUUUAAAUGCAGUUUUUGAUAUUGGGACA